AUGCUGAAUAAAAAACCACCCUUGCCUUCAGAGACAUCAUCAUCCCAAGAGCAACACAGAAGUUUUACUCAGAGGAAAUUAGCGCUCAAGAAGGCUGAAUUAGCUAAAACCUUGGAAGAGAUCAAAAUUACCACAAAUCUGACCAAUCUGAAGAAAAAUGCCAUCGAGGAGCUGAAGCAGCGCAGUGCCCGCCUGGCAGACGCCAACUGCCGGCUGAUUAAGGACAUCCAGCACACUGAUGACACCACUGCCAAGAAAGCAAGGGUCUUGCUGCAGCAGUAUGAAGUAUUUCAGAGGGUGAAGGCAAUGGUGCAGACCUUCAACCAGAACCAGCUGGAUACAGCAAGGGCAGAGCUCCAGGAAAUGGAAAAAACAAUGGAAACGAAUCUGGGACAGCUACAGCAGCAGCUGGAUGAAGUCACAUCAAAGGUACACGUUCUCCAGGACAAGCUCAGCAUCCUGCGGACCUACAUCGACGGGCAGUAUCCAGAACAAGUUGUCCAGAUAGCCCUUUUGCAGCGCAGCAUCCAGAACCUGAAGGAGCAACAGCAGGAGGAGAUAAACAAGACAGAAGAAAUGGGGAAGGCCAUCUUGGAAGAACUGGAAGAGAAGGCACAGGCGGAACAAGAGGCGCUGUUACAGAAAGUCGUGGAGGACAUGUUGCUGCACCAGGAUGGCCUGAAGCAGAUGGUGAUAAACAAUCACGUUCUGCAACGUGAAAUUCUGAGGCAAAGGGAGGUUAUUAAAGACCUGGAAGAGGAGAUCGGUGAGCUGAAGAGAAGCAUCCAGACACUCCGCCAGAAUGCAAGAGACCCAAGAGAGCUGAUCUUUGCUGAUGUUCUCUUCCGCAGACCAAAGUGCACACCAGAUACAGAGGUGGCCCUCAGUGUCCCCGCCAAGGAGACGCCGCUCGUCCGACACUCGGCCAGGCUCCACUCGCAGGCCCCUCGCCCAGCGCACGGCACGGCCGGGCCCAGAUGA